GCCGACAGCCAGAAGUAGAGAGAAGAGGAGAAGGGAAUCAGCAGAUAGAAAAAGACGAGCUUAAAAACUCCUCUUUGCUUCGCCACCUUGCUCUCCGACCGAGAGACAUCAAGCAUCUAGAACUCCUUGCUACUGCAAAGACAGUAACCUAACGAAAUGGCAGACGCAGCUGUUGCAACUCCCGCCGACAAGAAGGCACCCCCCAAGUUCAAGCAGAGGACCACCCGCACCUUCAAGAGCAAGGCCCCCAAGCCUGGCCAGAAGGGAUUCGGUGACGACAUCCCCGGCAUGGAGGGUCUCGGCACAGACAUCACAGUGGUGUGCCCAUGGGAAGCCUUUGGCGACAUGGAGCUCAGCGACCUGGCAAAAUAUGGAAUUGUUUAGACUCCCCGCCCUUCCUACUUCCUUCACUACCACCAAUAUUCUUUCCUUUAUCCCUACUCUCCUUCUCCUAACCCCCACAUCACUCCGGUCCAUGAUAACGAGGGAGUCCCCACACUUAUAAACUAACUAUCGUGGUUAUGUUACGCCAUAUUGCACAAAAGACACUUAAACAGCUCGCUGUAAAUAGUAAAAGUCGAGCACUGGUCUGCAGACACCCAGACCUAAUUGGUGCACACACAGGUCAGGACAUGCACAUAGCACACACUGAUCAUAACACACUACUAUCACACCCUGCCCUCCACCGUCUUCCCCGUAGAGAUGUGAUAGCAUGACCUGCUCAGCAAUGUACGACUACCAAAGCCGAACAGAAAUGACUUAAAAUUCAAUUGAUAUACUAUACAUGUAUAAUAGUGUCAUUUUGCUUGGAGCGGUCUGGUAGGUGUAAAUAAAACAUUUCUCCCAGAAGCAUUCAAAGGUGUGGCGAAGCUGCUUACUUUUCUAGUUUUCACCCCCACACCUGUAUUCCAAGAGAGAAAUGGACUAGAUGACGUUUGAGGGUUAGGUAGCCAUUGUUAUGACAUGUCAACAAUAGUUUCGCUCCCCCCUCCUGCCUUUUGUCUAAUCCUCACCCUCUCUCAUUGAAGGCACUCUUUCGAUACAAACAGAGCUAUAUUUAUGUAUGGAGAAGAUCACAUUUAUUUUUUUGAACUAUGAACGUCUAAUGUCUAUGAUGUAAUUUACUGUUCAGUCGAGAGAACCGCUCUCGUGCACUUUGUUAAUAGGAUGUGAAGUCACCGGAAAGUAGUUCAAUAAAUGUUCUAAUUUUUUCCAA